AUAGGGGGGUGUAAGACAUAAUCCCUGUCCUGGGAUUUUGUGUCUCAGACUUCAGUCCUUUCAGAGACGAGUGGAGAAAAAGGCUAGUAAGAUGCAGAAAGUGAUUCUGGUUCCCCUGCUGGUCCUGGGAUGGACCUGGACCCUCAAUGGACUCCCUGUUCUCCCAGAACCUCUCUACCCCACGCAGGAGAACUUUGAUGUGGCUCAGUUUUUGGGAACAUGGCAUGAUGUUGCUGUGGCAAGUACAUGUCCACAUAUGCAGCGUCACAGGGAAGGUUUAUCCAUUGGUAAACUGGUGCUGCAGAGAGGCACCACUGAAGGAAAACUCAAGAUGACACGAACCUCACUCAGACAUGGAACAUGUAAGGAGAUAUCUGGGGAUUAUGAGUUAACCACCACGCCAGGACGAUUUUUCUACCACAUUGCAAAGUGGGGGGCAGACGUGGAUGCCUACGUAGUUCAUACAAACUACAACGAGUAUGCAAUAGUGAUAAUGAAAAAACAGAAAUCAUCAGGGGAGAACAGCAUCUCUGUUAAGCUUUACAGUCGAACAAAGACUGUGAGAGCCACUGUGCUGGAUGACUUCAAAACACUGGCCAGACAACAGGGAAUGAGUGAUGACGCUAUUUUCAUUAGGCAGAACAAAGGUGACUGUGUUCCUGGAGAGCAGGUAGCAGAGCCAACAACUCAGCCUGAGCCUCAGCGGGUGAGGAGAAACGUGGUGCCUUCUUUGGCUCCUGCAGAUGAGGACGGUUCAGGUGAUGCACUUCUUUUCAGUGGAGCCGAGGCCUGUGCAGCACCACCAGAAACCGGACCAUGUUUUGGGCUACACCAUCAUUACUACUACAACUCUUCCUCAAUGAGCUGUGAACUCUUCAAGUAUGGGGGAUGUAUGGGCAACCAGAACAACUUUGAAACUGAGAGAGAGUGUCUGCAGAGAUGCCGCACUGAGGCUGUGUGCCGUCUGCCCAUGGCAGCCCAACCCUGCACAGGUCAGCCACCCAUCUGGGCUUUUGAUGCAACCGUCGGUCUGUGCGUGCCCUACAAAGAGGGCUUCUGCCAGGCCAAUGCCAAUAAGUUCUACAGCAAGGCUGAGUGUGAGGAGUACUGUGGGGUGGUUAAAGAUGAUGCAGAACUCCUGAAGACAAACUAAAUGAGAUGAUGAGACAUGGCUGCACUGCUGAGUUCAUUGUACAGUGAUGCAACAUGAAUAAGCAUCAGAAAAACACACAUUAAAGAAACAUGAAUUUUUGUUUCAGCACUCAUAAAAUAUGUGAAGUCAUAUCACAACAAAUCACCAAUAAAACAAGUCAUUACUUU